AAUGUGAAACUUUCCGUCCCACCUUCGAGAAAUAAUUCUCUCGCACGAUCUCCUCCCUAAUUUUCUCACAUUCCCUAUUUCCCUUCUUUCCUUCCCUAACCGGCUCGUCUAAUCCCUAGCUCCCUGGCUCCGAAAUCCCUGGCUCCCUGCCAUCGUCGCGCUCCGCCUGCCAUCCUCGCCGCUCUCAUGAAGUCUCAUGAACGAUUCUUGCCAACGCGGCUGCAAUGGACAUCGACGACCCCACGCUGGAGGCGCUGAGGACAUCGUACUUUGGUCGCUGCCACCCCCGCCUAGGCGAGAUCCAGCACCACCACGGCCGCCGGCGCCCGGUGCCACCACCGCCAAGGCGAGAUCCAGCACUACCUCGGUCACGCCGCCCUCCUCACCACAUAGUCGUGCGCGCCCGUCUGUCAUCCACCGCGUCCUCGCCGCCGGCAGCCCGCCUGCCCGCUCGCAUAUUCCCAUCGAGGAACCGUCGUCGCCCGUUAUCCCUCCGCAGCAUAUCCAGUCCCGGCCGCCAGGGAGUCUCUUCGCUGGGGCUCAAACACCUUGCAACUGCUCUGUGCUUCUCCGCUGGUGCAAUCGUACAAACACCCUGCAAGUCCAAGCUUUGCCAUGCGUAACGAAUCAUGGAUUUGAUUGGUGGUUGUGGAGGUAUAUGUGAUAUUUGUCCACAGUUGUGUUUGGCUAAUUUAUUUCGGUUGUCAUGUAUAGAUAUGUGGAAAAUAAUUUUAGCAAUGAAGGGUAUAAGCUUAAGAUAUACCUCAAAUGUACCAUCUGUGUACUAUGGCUGUCUAUUAUUUGUGACGAUAUGAUAUGAGAAAUUAAGAUGAACUUUUGUGACAAUGGGAAGUCAAGCAUAAUUAUUAAGUGCCCAUUUGUUAUGUGG